UUGGCCAUUUGUCUACGGCACUUUUAUCUGAAGGACGUCGCCUGUAGCUCUGGGGAUACAAUGAUCAUUUACGUGAAGACGCUAACAGGGAAAACGUUGACAAUAGAAGUCACACCUCAAGAUACCGUGGAAGUAUUAAAAGCAAAAAUACAAGACAUAGAAGGCGUACCAAUUGACCAACAGAGGCUCAUCUUCUCCGGAAACCAGCUCGAAGAUGAGAGAACACUCGAGGACUUCAAUAUUAGCUCAGAAUCUGUGUUGCAUCUAAUCCUUCGUCUGAGAGGAGGAGGCAUCCGUAUGUUCUUCCUCAACGUGGUAUUGCCAUCAGCUGAUGUGAUUCAACCGGUUGUCAACGGACAGACGACCGUUAGCGAGGUGAAAAGCUACUGGAAGAAGAGAAUCCAUCCUUUAAAGGGCCGGAAGUAUCGUCUGAUGGUGGCUCAGCAGGCGAUGAGCAGCAGCAAGACCUUGAGGGAUUAUGGCAUCACGUCAGAGGCAGUCGAUAAGCCGUGUGUUGCCCUCCCAGCUGUUGCCAAGUGCUCCUCGGAUGUCGAAAGGAACCACAGACAUUUUGAUGCAUUCUAUACCUGCUCCAAAAUGGGUUUUAUUCUUCUCUAUUUUGCGAAUGUAUCAAGCUCAUUCCUCGUGCUGGAAAAUCGCUUGUUAAACAGUGCACUCCAGUUGGCAAGAAAAUCAGUUUCCUUCACUAUGAGUAAAGAAACACACAGGAUUAUGGCAGAACCUCUAGCGAUGCACACAAUAAGUACGAAGUAUCAAAAGUGUACUGCAUAUAAAACUAAACAUUCUCAUAGUGGCAUGGAUAAGAUAACAUGUUGGCAAUACAAUAUAAUAUACAAAGAAAGAUUAGAAUAUGAGAUGAUGUUGGCCAUUUGUCUACGGCACUUUUAUCUGAAGGACGUCGCCUGUAGCUCUGGGGAUACAAUGAUCAUUUACGUGAAGACGCUAACAGGGAAAACGUUGACAAUAGAAGUCACACCUCAAGAUACCGUGGAAGUAUUAAAAGCAAAAAUACAAGACAUAGAAGGCGUACCAAUUGACCAACAGAGGCUCAUCUUCUCCGGAAACCAGCUCGAAGAUGAGAGAACACUCGAGGACUUCAAUAUUAGCUCAGAAUCUGUGUUGCAUCUAAUCCUUCGUCUGAGAGGAGGAGCAUCCCUAUGUUCUUCCUCAACGUGGUAUUGCCAUCAGCUGAUGUGAUUCAACCGGUUGUCA